AUGAGUGAAGCUUCAUCACCAGUAAGAGAAGGCUCUUACAAACUAAGAACUCAUUCUAAUUGUAAUUUUAUGUUUUCUCGUUCGCUGAUCUAGCCUCAUACAGAACGCAUCUAAAUUCAAGGUGAUAACGCAAUGUUGUUGAAAUUUGAAGACCUCAAUCAAUCCAUCCCAUUACUGGGUUUGCUAUCAAAACCGCAUUACAAAUUAACAGAUGGAAUGACAAUCUACAAUUAAGUAAAGAAGUAUAGUUUUUUUUAAGAGUUAUUUAAUACAAAUAGAUUAAGAAAUGAUAUGGAAUAAAUCUAUCAUUUAUGCACAAAACUUCAACUGGAGGUUUUUAAGUAGGGUUCCAUAAUUUUGAGAGAGGGAGCUAUUUAAAACGAUAAGAUGUAUCUAAUCAUUGAGGGCAGAGUAUUAAUCUUCAAAUAGCAAUAUUCAAUAACCAGACAGUAACUCAAGGGUUAAUAAGCUGUAUCUAAAACUGAAUUACAGUCUGAUAUUCUGAAAACUUAUAUGAAAGAUUAUGGAAUACUAAUAAACGACUUGAAUCCAGGUAAUUAUUUUGGAGAACGAGCUUUGAUGGAGAGUAACAGAGAUGCUCAACGAUCAGCAACUUGUAUAGCAGAUGUUGACACUUAUUUGAUAUCUUUGAAUAGAAAUGAGUUUUUCGAGGUUUUGGGAUCCUUCAAAAAGGAUGCAGACUUCAAAAGAGAAGUAUUUUAGUAGGUAAUUCCAUAUUUCGAAAGAAUAACAUCAACUUUAAUGAUCGAAAGUUUAAUGUACAGUUUCAAUGAGGAAAUAAAAUUAAGAGACGAAACUAUUACUUAAGAAGGAGAACAAGCUAAUACUCUUUAUAUUUUGUAUGAGGGAGAAGUGGCUAUAAUGAAAAAACAUGAAAAUCAUUAGAUGUUGUUGUGCAGUUUGCAUAAUCAAUAGGUAAUAGGGGAAGAAUCAUUAUUCGAAGAAAAUUACUAUUAUACUGUGGUUGUUCAUAGCUAAUAGGCUAAAUUUUAUAAAAUUAGUUCUUAAUCAUUUUUAUUAAAGGGAUCAUAACAAUGUGUGAAGGGAUUGAAGAGUAUGAUGGAGAAGAAACUGCAAGCUAGAACUUUGCUUUUUUAAACCAUAAUCAAAAAGAGCAUUGAGCACAGGGAAACCACAAAAACAUUGAUCAGAAAUAGGAAUUAAAGCACUUAAGAGGAAAAUUACAAAAAGUAGUAUUACGGAAUAACAAAUCGUUUAUAAAGGAAACUAGACACAACGAUUAACAGAGGGAGCAGUAUAUUCUCCAGCAAUUAAACUAAUUAGAGUUUGAAUACACAAAAUAGUUUAAAGCAGGUUACCAAGUGUUUAGAAGAUUAUGCUUUGUUUUAGGUGAAAUUUGAAGAAAAUAAGUAAAAAAGAAAUUGUUUUAAACAAUCAAUAUAAUAUUAAUAACUAUAAUAAAAGUUGGGAAUAAAUUAAAAGACUGAGAGUAGUUCUCCGUCAAAGUAGGAAACUGAACAGUAAAAGGAUUUCUCCUCUAGAACUGACUCAAUCUAUACGCUGAAAAAUAAAAAUUCUUUAAGUUCUAGAACAAAAAGUGGUUUAAUACAGAACUUUCUUUAAUUCAACACAAUAGAUGCGAUGAAAAAGAAGUUAAACAAUCAAAAGAAGAAUUAUCUGAUCAAGUCAAUGAAGCAAAUGAAAGAUUUGUAAUUAAUAAAAAUAAGAUGUUAAACUCUUGAAUAAUGA